AUGUCCGCCCCACCCCCGGCGGCCCUCCCGACGAGGGUCGAUCCCAGCGCCGCCGCCGUGAACGGCACCGCCAACAACCGGAACAGCAUCAGCAGCAACAGCAGCGCCAACAGAAACAGCAACAACCCCGCCGACAAGAACAUCGACGUCGUCAACACAACCACCACCAGCACCAGCAACACCAACCCCAACCCCAACCCCACCACCACCAACAAUGCCGCCGCCGCCCCCCAGCCCCACCCCCACCCCUCCCUCACCUCCCUCUCCGACUCGGCCCUCACCGCCCAAGCCUUCUUCGACGCCGUCCGCGCCUUCACCUCCUCCAGCACCUUCCACGGCACCGCCGAGCUGAUCGACGAGGUCCCGCGGCUGCGCAAGGUCGUCGCGGACCGCGAGCGGGAGCUGCGGGUUCUCUCCUCGGCGCUCGACGACCAGCGGCGCGAGCACGAGCGGCACGCGGACGCGGAGCGGCGCGAGCGCGACCGCAUCGCCGCCGCCUUCCUCGACACGUACAACAAGGAGUACGAGAGGCACCGGGCCGAGGGCGAAAGGCUGGCGGCGGCGGUGGGCGCGCUCGAGGCCGAGACGCGCCGCCAGCGCGAGGACAUCGCGCGCCUGCACAAGAGCGACGAGGAGCUCGUGCGGCAGGGGAGCCGGGCGCGCGCCGCGCUCGAGCAGGAGAGGGAGAAGUGCGAGAAGGCGGCCAAGGUCAUCGCGGAUGUGAAGAGGGAGAUGGAGAGGCGCGGGGAGCAGGCGAGGAAGGAGGCGGAGAGGAAGGCGGCGGAGAUGGCGGAGUUGGCGGCGAGGGUGAAGAGGGCGGAGGAGGAGGCCAAGAAGGCGAGGGGGUCGCUGAUGCAGUGCCAUCGCGAGAAUGAGGAGUUGCAGGCGGAUCUGGCGGAUGCGACGGAGAGGUUGGUGGAGCUGGAGUCGUUUGCGGAGGAGUUGAGCGAUGAGAAGUGGGAGACUUCGAUAUCGCUGCUCGAUGAGCUGUGGCGCUCGUGCCAUGAUCUCAUCUCUUCGUACUUCCGGAAGGAUCUUCCCAAGGAGAUCUUGGUGAACAGCUAUGCGUGGAGCGAGAUCAAGAAGCCGCAGGACUUCUCGCACAGCAUCCCGCUGCCGCAGUCCAACUCGCCGGCGGCCAAGUCGAUGCGCAUCGCCGUGAUCCUGGCCAUCCUCGCGCGGCUGAUCGACAAGUACCUCUUCCAGCCGUCGUACAUCCUGCACGAGGAGAGCGGGCUGCGCGAGAUCCUGAUCCGCCAGGCCAUCGAGAACAGCAAGCGCGAGGCCUUCACCCGCGGCAUCUUCCUGGCCACCUUCGAGGACGAGCAGGCCGAGAUCGCCGACGAGCUGGUGACGCGCAUCGUCAAGGAGCUGAUGCACCACAUCCACGACCUGCUGCCCGCCUCGCAGGUCGAGAGCUUCCGCGGCCGCCUCGAGCAGAUCGUCCAGGACGCGCGCGACAUCUGGUGGAAGGCCCAGCGCCUGCGCCUGCGCCUCGAGCCCGACUUCCAGGUCGAGGACUACGGCUGGGAGCGCCCCAUCCAGUUCCAGUUCGACCACCACCCGCACGCCCAUCCCAACGCCGGCCUGCCCCCCGCCCCCAACAACAAGCCGCCGCCGCCGCAACAACAACAACCCCCGCCAAAAGUCGACACCCCCCAGCAGAGCCCCCCGUCCUCGGCAAAGGCCUCCCCGCAGACCCCCAACACCGGCUCCUCCGCCGCCAUCACCCCGGCCAUGCCCGCCCCCACCACCAUGGGCCCCACCAACAUGCCCCUCCCACCAAUCGUCCACAACAACACCGCCACCAUCACCACCAACGGCAACACCAGCAACACCACCACCCACACCCCCCAUCAAACCCUCCCCCAGCACCACCCCCACCACAACCUCGCCCUCCCCCUCACCGUCCCCCCCGACGAAUCCCUCCUCCUCAUCUUCCCCCGCAUCUACAUCGUCGAAGACGACGACCCCGAACCCGUCACCCCCGGCACCGUCCUCCUCCGCUCCCAGGCCGAAGACGCCGAGCGCGAACUCGUCCUCCAGCAGCAGAAGAACGCCUUCGGUCCGGGCUCCUUCGGCGGCAUGGGGCGGCGGGGGAGCGGGAAUAGCGGGGGUGGUAUUGGUGGGGUAGGAGGGGGUAUGGGAGGUAUGGGAGGUAUGGGAGGUGGUGGAGGAGGAGGUUUUGGUGGGGGUGGUGGUAAUGGCGGGUGGUAUGCGGGGAAUGGCGUCAUGAGGGUGGGCGGGCCAAGGCCGCGGCGGCUGAGCGUGCCGCAGAUGGAGGAGAUUCCGGAGGUGCCGACGCCGGGAGAGGAGAGGGAGAAGGUGCCAUCGACGACGGCGGCGGCGGCACCGGCGACUUCUGAUGGUGGUGGUGGUGGUGGUGGUGGUGGCGGCGGUGGGAGUGUUGCUGCUGCGACGACGACAUCCGAUCCGAGCGAGAAGAAGGAUUUUUUAGGUCAAAGAGCCGGAGGGUGA